GCCGCCCUCUGGCACUCGGGCAACCGCAGUAGCUCGGACAAUGAAUUUUACUUUCGCUACCCAACAUUUCUGAAUUAAAGCCAAAGACAGAGCAUGGACUUACUCUAUACAUAGACCCGAGGCUGAGAGAACAGGGCCAGAUGCGCUGGCUGAAUUGUCACACUAGGUUAUGUUUCAACCCUUUUUUGCAAGAUCGGGGGAGGCGUGUGGAUCAAACUGAUACUGAAGCAGGUUUCCAGGACGUGCACGUCAUGGUGUGUGUGGGCUUCGGCUUCCUCAUGGCCUUCCUGCAGCGGUACGGCUUCAGCAGCGUCGGCUUCACCUUCCUCCUGGCCGCCUUUGCCCUGCAGUGGUCCACACUCAUCCAGGGCUUCUUCCACUCCUUGCACGGCGGCCACAUCCACGUUGGCGUGCAGAGCAUGAUCAACGCGGACUUCUGUGCUGCUGCCGUGCUCAUCUCCUUCGGUGCCGUCCUGGGCAAGACGGGGCCGGCCCAGCUGCUGCUCGUGGCCCUGCUGGAGGUGCUGCUAUUUGGCGUCAACGAGUUCGUGCUCCUUAGUCUCCUGGGGGUGAAGGAUGCGGGAGGGUCCAUGACCAUCCACACCUUUGGGGCCUACUUCGGGCUGGUCCUGUCCCGGGUCCUCUACAGGCCCCACCUGGAGAAGAGCAAGCAUCGUCAGGGCUCCAUCUACCAUUCGGACCUCUUUGCCAUGAUUGGGACCAUCUUCCUGUGGACCUUCUGGCCCAGCUUCAACUCUGCGCCCACCAUGCUGGGGGAUGGGCAGCACCGAACAACCCUGAACACGUACUACUCCCUGACCGCGAGCACCCUCAGCACCUUUGCCUUGUCAGCCCUCGUCGGGGAGCACGGCCGGCUGGACAUGGUUCACAUCCAGAACGCAGCGCUGGCCGGAGGGGUCGUAGUGGGGACAUCAGGUGAAAUGAUGCUGACGCCCUUUGGGGCCCUGGCAGCCGGCUUCCUGGCUGGGACGGUCUCCACGCUGGGGUACAAGUUCUUCACGCCCGUCCUUGAGGCGAAAUUCAAACUCCAAGACACGUGUGGCGUCCACAACCUCCACGGGAUGCCUGGGGUCCUGGGAGCCCUCCUGGGGGUCCUUGUGGCCGGGCUGGCCACCCACGAAGCUUAUGGAGAUGGCCUAGGCAGUGUGUUUCCGCUCGUAGCCGAGGGCCAGCGCUCCGCCACGGCUCAGGCCAUGUACCAACUCUUCGGGCUGCUUGUCACACUGACGUUUGCCUCUGUGGGCGGGGGCCUUGGAGGGCUCCUGCUGAGGCUGCCCUUCCUGGACCCCCCUCCAGACUCCCAGUGCUACGAGGACCGGAUUUACUGGGAGGUGCCUGGGGAACUCAAGGACGAAGCCCAGGGAUCUCUGAGGGCAGAGGAGACAGACACCCGGGCCUAACUUGCUUCCAGCCCGUGAGAGGACACUCUCCUUUUAGAAGAUGGGGACUGCAGGGAAGGUCUUUUCUGUGUCCAUCCCUCCUGCUGCAGGAACGAAGACGGCACUGGGGACAGGGCCGCGGAAGGUGGGGGUAUGGGGGAGCCUGCUGCACCCGGCGGGGGGAGACCCCUCAGCACCCCCAGCCCCACCCCGUGGCCCGUGAGCGAGGUGCCCAACCCACGGCCAGCCCACCGCCCAAGGCCACACGGUCACAGAGAGGUGUGCGCCAGCCCGGCUGACCCGGUGAUAAACACCACUGGCACCAA